CCCAGGCAAGCCGAACGACGCUAUCUAGCGAACAGCCCGGCCAGUUAAGCAAACAAUCACCAUAGCCAUCAUGCUUGAUGGGUUAUCACUUACGUAAUUCCGACUACGCGAACUCUGGGUUUCUAGCUUUCUACCCGCUCAUUACUCGUACGCGGACAAAUAUACAUAGCACAUUCAAUAUGUCUGAACAUUGAUCAGCAUAUAGAGGCGUAGAAGUCCGUUUUGUCCAACCUCAGCAAGAAUUAUGUGGCUACAAGUGGUCGAUUGAUUGAUUGAUCGACUACUGGAUAGCUGGUUGUUUCGAGCAGAUCGAAAAAAAUGAACGGAAUAAAAGCUGUGCACUAACCGUCAUCGACAGAUGCGUUGCUUUCCUUUCAAAUACACAACACCAACAACUAUCUGAUUUCAGUUACUGCUGGACAUUGUAUCGUUUUCUCACGGUUAAUAUACUAAGAAAAAAAAAACGAUGUGCGCGUAACAUAAAGGACAACCUCUAUCGCUGUGCUAUCGAUGGUGGUGUUUUAUUAGUGAGCGAUCUUUGGAGUUAAGUAAUUCAUUGAAGGAUUCGAGGAUCAAGUGCUUCAUAUAUUUAUUGCUUAUGAUUUUGACUCCCAUUGUUAGCGAGUGAUGGUGUGACAAUAUGAAGUCGAAGGUGAACAAAUUAGUGUUAACUCAACUUUUUGGUAAUAGCAAUUCGACGGAUUACGACUAUCAUCAGCGAAUCGGAGUGGUUUUGAAGAUGUUCGAUUUCAACUAGGCUGUCUCGAUAUCGUCGGAUGGACCUACUUGCUAGUUAACAUAACUUAACGAAGUGGCGUUAUCUAGUGGACCUGCGGCAAGAAUGUGGACGUUACACGUCCUAUUAUCUCUGGCGUUCGCUGUGUCCUUAUUCGCUCUGGGCCAGCAAUCCUCCGGAGUACUACCUGAAUCUCAAGAUGGGCACACAUUAUUAAACAAUACUGAGCCCAAUACCAUUCUAUCCAGCCCACUUCAUUUUUCUCAAAGACGGAUUCAGGCAGGCCGAUUUCCUAGUACGCUCUCUCCUGGCCAGGUGUUCUACCGUGUACAAGUAAAUCCUCCAGACCAGUCGGACGUCCUGUUUCGAGUGCUCGCCCCUAAGAACUUUGUUUCGAUUGAUCCAAAUUUGGGACACCUUUUCCUGGUCCGGAACCUUAACGAAUCUGGCCACGACUUCUCGAAUGGACUUCGCGUCGAAGUAAAAGCCUCGCAUGACUUCUUAGGUUCGGCCCGUACCGUGGUUGAGUUUACAGGUGUGAUAAAAAAGUCCGAGGCGAAAUGCUAUAUUCCAUCGAGGGAGCUAUGUUUUGCAGCGACGUCUCCUGAGAAAGUUACGAUUGCGGUAGACGAUGCUAAAAAUACGCCACUCAUGUACAUGCUCACACCUUUACAACGAUUCUGCAAUACAACCGCAAGAUACACUUUUUCAGAGAGUGAUCUGUUGUACUACGAUGAAGCUACACAUACCGUUCGCACAACUCGUCCAGCGGUCUCGUCAGACUUUGACCCAGCACAUCAAUCAUUGACAAUGUCCUGCCGACUAAAUAGCCUCAACGGGCCUGUCUUCAAUCAUACCCUUAUGCUAGUCUCUGCUGCGUUCGGCAUAGAAUCGUCAACACCAACAGAAACGCGGCCAAGUGAACCUUUUUGCGAUAUCAUAAGCUACAAGGGCAGGAAGUUUGCGUGCCAACUUCAAGUGCUGGAUGUCGACCCCAGAGGAAAGUUUACUGUUAAAGUUGUGAAUGAUAGCUUAAACAUAUUUAAAGCAAAAGCCAAAUUGGAGUUCCCAAAUAGCGACGAAUUUCGUCGAGUUAUCAUAGAUGUAAAUGGCCGUAAGGGUGUAUCAUUUUAUCCUAAUGUCUAUUAUAAUUUUGGCAUCAUCCUUGAAGAGAGAUCCACGACGGAUCAUACAACUUACCCAAAAAAAUGGAAAUUUCAUGGCAGAGCUACGAACCAUUCGUUGAUCGAACAUCGGAUUGACCUGAGCAGAGCACAAUCAACGUCCAACCUAACGGCGGGGUUAAGUAGCAUCUAUUCAAGGGUUAUACCAGCUCUGUAUCUUCAUGGAGGCGAACGGUAUAAGUUCAUAAAGGACAAAAGCCACUGGCAUCAAGCGUUCGCUGUUACGCUUAAAGAGGGCAUUGUUUACUUGCUGAAUCCCAUACUGUUAAACAAGCUUGUAGGCAAGACUGUACUAUUGAGAGUGAAGAUUUAUCGAUCUCGGUUCCAUGAAACGUACAAUGAUAUAAUAAACGAGCCGACUCACCACGAUAUCAAUGUGACAGUCCACCAAAACCAGAUUCCCGCUUGUAACAAUACAGGUUUUACUAAUGUACAAUGCAGUACUUAUGACAGUGAGCGAGAGUGCAACAGCAUUUGCGGAUAUGGGGCCUCAGGGGGGCAUUGCAACUGGGGCCAAGGUGAGACGACUUAUUAUGGAAUUGAGAAGCGCCACGUAAACGUAUCGUACUUAUCGUGCUCGCCGGACCUGGAGCAUUGUCCAGAUCAAUACUGUGACGAACUGGAAGAGCAAGUUCGUUAUUUAUGUCCUCAGGACUGUUCUGACAAUGUAGGAUUGAUCGCUAGACAGGCCAGCCAUCCGGUUCGUGGUAUCCCUGCUGACGCCAGUGAAAAAUGUUGGUGCGCUACCACAAACCAGUGCACGUGUGACACGUUCCAAAGCGAGAAUAAAGUUGAAACGGCACGCAGCGCACGAAGAGCCAACGAGCAAUCAAAGUUGUCCGUAGGCAGCAAUGCGCGUCUUUGUGGACCGAAGGGUUGUGCUAAUCUAUUAAAGGUCGUUGGACUCGGAGGCAUGCUGCUUGUCUUCUCAGUGGUCGCCAUCUUUAUUACGUUACGCCGGUCCAGCAUAGGUGGUCCUCAGAAAGAUCCGUCGUUGAAGCAUGACACUCCAGCUACACCGGAUAUACCCUCUGUCUACGAUCCGGAAUCGUCCGCUGUUUUUGAAGGUCCCGAUGUAAAGCUUCUAGCCAUGACUGGCGUAGAUGUACGCUGGGAGGUCUGCCGUGACAACCUUCUCUUCGAGAACUUGUUAGGUGAAGGCGAAUUUGGCAAGGUGGUGCGUGCACAAGCGUGGAGCAUUGCCGGUCGUGACGGCUACUCGACGGUAGCCGUUAAGAUGCUCAAGGAUAACGCAUCUACCCAGGAUGCGCAGGAUCUCCUACAAGAGUUGCAGACCCUCAAGGAAGUUGAUCAUGUAAACGUUAUCAAACUUCUCGGUGCUUGCACUAGCCGAGAUGGACCGCUGUACGUUAUAGUAGAAUAUUGCGAACUCGGCUCUCUGCGGUCGUAUCUUCGACGGUGCCGAAACAUCUCGUCGAUAGAAGAUCUGCGCGCAGUACAGAAUCCUACCUAUUUAGGGGAAGAUCCUCGAACUCAGUUGCCGGCGACGCAGCAGCUCAUUUCGUUUAUGUGGCAAAUUGCUCGGGGUAUGGGCUACCUGUCAGACAUGAAAGUAAUCCACAGGGACCUCGCGACACGAAACAUCCUCGUCGCCAGAGACAAUGUGAUCAAGAUUUCGGACUUCGGACUCUCGCGGGAUGUGUAUGAAGGCGAUACGUACUUGAAGCGCAGCAGACAAAAGGUUCCUGUCAAGUGGAUGGCCCUCGAGUCGCUCGAGGAUCAAAUUUACACGACCAAGAGCGACGUAUGGUCUUUCGGUGUUGUGCUGUGGGAAAUCGUCACUCUGGGCGCUACGCCCUAUCCCGGUAUCAACGGGGAACUCCUUUGUCAACUUCUGAAGGAAGGCUACCGAAUGUUUCAGCCCAAGCAUUGCUCGAGUCAAUUGUACGGCCUAAUGAGAGACUGUUGGAAAACUGAUCCGAACGAGCGACCAUCCUUCAAAGUGCUCGCCCAGAAAUUCGAUCGUCUGCUCCAGGAUACAACAGUGUAUCUUGAUGUAGAGGACGGCGUGGUUACGUGUUCCACCUACUACAACGACGAAUCCGUGACGUCCGAGGAGCGCGAUCGCGGACGAAGCGACGACGAUGAAUCACCUGGAGACAACACCGCCAUUGAUAAACAACAGCACAUGCUCCUCCAGCAGCAGCUGCAUCCACUCUUAUCGCAGCAGCAAGAGUUGCAGUUACAGUUGCAACAGCAGCGCAUCGAUAAGGACAAGGAGGCCGAGCGAGCGGUCCGCGUAGAGGCGCAGCUGGAAGGCGGUGUCGUGAGGUCGCACCUGUUAUUGAAACGGCCCUCAACCGACGGCUGUUCAUCAUCGGAGUACCUCAAUGACGACGAACGCAGCCGGCUACUUCAUUACGCUAAAAUGGACUUCGCCCGCUCGGCGAGUGAAUCCGUUGGCUCGGACCAGGAACAGACGUCCAGUGUGUGAACAGAAAAACAAACACAAAGCGUAGUAAUACAGCUUAAUAGGGAAAUUAAUUGAUACAAACGAAUACUUAGCUGAACAUUAUACGUUCAAAGAGUGUAUAUAUAUUUAUAUAUACAUCCAUGCAUACAACACGCGCACAUGCACGUAAGAUUCAGCCCUGUUCAGCUCAGGGGGCACAUCGAAUUCAGUAAUCAUCAGGCAUAAGUUGUUAAUCAACAGUGCGCGCUCAUUAACAUGCGCUUCUAAUGCUGAAAAAUGUGAAGGGGUAGAUUUGACAAUGAACGUCAGCAGAUGAAUGAAUAGGAACAUCACCAAUGAACAACGCCGCCGCCGCCGCCGCCGCCAGACCAUAAGCAGUGUUCAAUAGGCAACGCCUGCACGCUAGUCAAAUUAGAUGGCUAGAGGUGGUAAGUAACGUUUCUGUCUGACCAAAUUUAACCCAACCGCGAUUGACCAAAGACGAAUCAGGUAUAUGGAUCACGGAGCGGGAACAGUAGGCCAGCGAUAACUGAUAACAUAUGUUACUAUGACACAAUUAUCACGAAAAACUGGACCAAGGUCGUGGCACAGCUUCAAAAUGUCCUGAUGCCACAGCUACCCCUGAAAUAUGGUAAUGUGGACAUAAUUUUUAUGCUGCAUAUGUACGGCCGCUAAGGAAAGGCUGUGGCCGAAAUUCUGCUUCGCGACGGGACCUUAAAGGACAGAAGAAGUUUGCCGCAAUCAGGUGUACAUUAUGUCAAGAUUCAGAUGAGUCCGUUUAAGUUCCGAGGGGCAUUGACAGUCUGUAAGGGUUCUUGUAAGAGGCGAUGGCAUCGCAACAUGAACCCACAACGGUACGCUAUCAUAACGACAAGUAAAGCGACAUAGGUUUCUGCUCCGAGGAUCUAUAUAUAAAUACAAAGUUAGAGAAUAAUAGUUCUAUAUAUAUAUAUAUAUACAUAAAUUGUUUCUAGUCGAUCUCGUUUUUCCAUAGAACCUCUUUAAAUCGUCAGGUUCUCAGUGUGCAGCCUACGGCGAACAGUACAUAUUUGGGGUAAGUAUAGACCCCAUAUGAUGUUAUUUUGAAAUCAUAGCAACGAUUCACUGUCGUGAAAUUUCCUCUGUAGAAAUUCGCCUAUAUUUAUUAUCUAAGUGGUAUCUCGAUCUUCUUUAAUUUUGUAAAUAAUACAGUUCAGUGCUAGAUGAUAAAU